CGUGUGGCGGCAGCGGCGGGUAGCGAGCCAGGGCGACGGCUGCGGGCUGAGGGCGACGAGUGACAGGUCGCUACGGGGCCGGAGCCGGGGUUGGGACCGGGACUGGGGUGCCUGGGGACUAGCUUCUCUGCUUCUCUCGCUUGUCCCACCGAGGUGACCUUCAUGGGCCGCGGGCCCCAAGCCCCGGGGCGGCUGAGGUGGGUCGUGUGAGGCGGCGGCAGCGGCGGCGGGUGGCUGAGGCCGAGGGAGACUGAGGCGAGCGAGGCCCGGGCCCUGCCGGGCGCUGAGGGAGGGUAGCGAUGUUCGUGCAGGAGGAGAAGAUCUUCGCCAGAAAGGUCCUGAGGCUUCAUAUCUGCACCAUGGAAGGCACCGAGUGGCUGGAGGAGGUCACCGAGGAUACCACGGUGGAGAAGCUCAAGGAGCGCUGCCUCAAACACUGUGUACCUGGGAACUUAGAAGACCCCAAAAGUGUAACACAUCAUAAAUUAAUACAUGCUGCUUCAGAGAGGGUCCUGACAGAUACCAAAACUAUCUUAGAAGAAAAUAUUCAAGAUAAAGAUGUCUUACUAUUGGUAAAAAAACGAGCUCCUCCUCCUCCUCCUAAGAUGAGUGAUGUCUCAGCUGAGGAAAAGAAAAAGCAAGAACAGAAAGCUCCAGAUAAAGAUGCUAUUCUCAAAGCAACAGCAAAUAUUCCCUCCCACAGUGUGGACAGGACUGUAGCCCAUCACAGCAUGAGAGAUUUCCAGACAGAACUCAGGAAGAUCUUGGUGUCACUUAUAGAGGUGGCACAGAAAUUGUUAGCACUGAACCCAGAUGCAGUUGAAUUAUUUAAAAAGGCAAAUGCAAUGUUGGAUGAGGAUGAUGAUGACCGAGUUGAUGAAGUGGCUUUAAGACAACUUACAGAAAUGGGCUUUCCUGAGAACAGAGCUGUGAAAGCACUUCGUCUCAAUCACAUGUCAGUAACACAGGCCAUGGAGUGGUUGAUAGAACAUGCAGAAGAUCCAACUGUGGAUACUCCUCUUCCAGGUCAAGCUUCAUUAGAAGCAGCAGGUGCUUCUGCCGCCUCCUCCUCCUCUCAAGCUUCUGGGGGAUCUAAGACAGAGGGGGAGGAAGUCAAGGAUGAGCUAACAGAAAUCUUCAAGAAGAUCCGUAGGAAAAGAGAAUUUCGACCAGAUCCACGAGCUGUCAUUGCUCUGAUGGAGAUGGGAUUUGAUGAAAAGGAAGUGGUGGAUGCACUGAAAGUCAACAACAACCAGCAAAAUGCAGCGUGUGAAUGGCUGCUGGGAGACAGAAAACCCUCCCCAGAAGAUUUAGAUAAGGGAAUUGAUCCUGAUAGUCCUCUCUUUCAAGCUAUCCUUGACAACCCAGUUGUGCAGUUAGGACUAACUAAUCCUAAAACCUUGUUAGCAUUUGAAGAUAUGCUUGAAAACCCAUUAAAUAGCACCCAGUGGAUGAAUGACCCUGAGACAGGACCUGUCAUGCUACAGAUCUCCAGGAUCUUUCAGACGCUGAACCGCACCUAGGGUGAUGGAUACCCCUCCACUCUGCUGCUCCCGCUGCCCACAGCUUCAGGUUCCUCAAGAGAAGAAGGAGCCGAGGAUUUGGGGGGAGGGGAAGAAAAAUAGCUUUUGGUAUUUGGCUAGAGGCCCUCUUAGUUAUACUUCUCAAACAAGAAAGAGUGUAGCUUAUGGCCAGCUGGAAAUGUAGUUGCCUUAUGGAUUUAUUGGUAGUGGAAGAACGGUUUGCCUUCAGUUAGAUUGAGUAAAAAUCCAUAUCUCAAAAAAUACUCAUGCAAACAGCUUACAUGGGAUUGUUUGAGACAAUAAUGACUGUUCUGGUUUUAUACCUUAUUGCUUUAAAAAAAAAAAAAGAAUCUGUGAGGGUAGUUUACAAGUCAGUAUUUUUAGCAUCUGACCGAUGUUUACAAAAAGUGACUGACCACUUCAGUGAGGAAUUAAAUGAUAUACUCAUCUCUUAAGAGUAUUAAGUUAUGAUUAUUAAAAUGAAAUGCUAUUUGAAUUGACCCUUAGAGUUUGAUUUUAAAAUCUAGAUGUUUUUGAGAGAGCAUGUUUCAAUCCAAACUGUUAACAUCAGACAUAAUAAUUUAAGUAGAUUAAUUCAUAGGUUAAAUUUCUUUAAUAAAUAGUUUUCCUUUUUCCUAUUUUCUGUGUUAGUGUUGUUCUAGUACCCAAAGAAAAAAUGUUACAUUUCUUUAAGCAAUUUACAUCUCACUAUAUUAAAGAUGCAGUAUUUUUUCUCUGACUAUUCAUUUUGCCACACCAAUAUUUUUAAUAUGUAGACAUAUUUUGAUGGUAAAAAGACUAUUUUCUUUUAAUUUAACAAGCUUAAAAAUCAAUAGAACACAAUUUCCUCACAUUCCCCCAUAGUAUAUAUUUUAAGGUAAAGCGGGCUCUGUUACAGGCAUUAAACUGAUAACUUUUCUGCCUCUUUGCCCUCUUUUUAAAUUUAAAAAAAAAAAUUCUUUGUUCAUUGUAAUUGCCACAAGUAGUUGUCUUCUGAGGAUGUUUUUGGUGACUAACAUUCUCUUGAAAGCAGCUAAGUAACAUCGCCUUAAUGCACUAACAUAGUUGCCUUGAUUAUUGGCACCUAAAUAUUAUCUGGCAUUACUUGGCUUACACAUUGUGGAACUAUCAUUCUUCCAUGACGUCCAAUAAGUAAAGAAGUCUUGUAGCUGAGAUCUUAGCUAUAUGACAGUCCUAAUUAACCAGCCUAUACAACAGCAUUUUUAUCUGACCAGGUAUUUUCAUGAUAUUAGAUUUAAAACUUUAGGUCAGAAAUAUCAAGAACGACUUUUUGCAGCUCUUUUAGGCAUUUUCUGUUUCUCAUGUUUGUUUGGAAAAAAAAUAAUCUAUGUAAGACACUCCUGAACAUAUGUGUGAAGUGUUGAAAUAUAUCUGUUCUUUAAUAGUUUGUUCUUAAACAUGACCAGUUGGGAGUCUGGGCUUUUUUUUUUUUUUUUUUUUAAACUCAGUCCUUAAUUCAUUUAUUUUUAACUUGAAAAUCUGUGCAAUAAAUGAUUUUCAUUUUUUCCCUCUUCUUUGAUAGAGAGUAAUAUUCCUCCUGGUACUUCUACUCAAAAGAGUAAGUUUACACAUCAGUAUUUUUAGCAUCUGACUAGUAUGCAGAGUGACUGACCACAUAAGGGAGAAAUUUAAUGAUAUAUUCAUCUCUGAAGAAGAAUCAUUUUCCUUUUCCCCUUAAAGAAAAAAAAAAUUAGGGGGAUGGGGCUGGGUGGGAAAUGCUAUACUUCUAAAAUGAUUAGUGAUUCAUUAAUUUAUAAAGUACUAACAUAUUACCUAUUUGACUCUAUAUAAUAUGAAAGAGCAAAAUAUCUUAGAUAUACAAAACCCAUGUUACAAUGUAAAGUUUGGCAUUUAGUACAAUAGGAAUUUUUCUUUUGUACUACAGAAUGAUUUUUACUUUGUAUAAAAUUUAUCCAAAUAGUACACAAUAACCCUUAUUAAAGUACCUCUUCUCCCAGGUUGUGAAAAUUUCCUGAGUUCAUUGUUCCUUCUGUAUGCAGAUUUUCAAGAGCCCUAUUUAAGAAAAUUGACUUGAUUCAUAAGCUUAAACUAGAUUCUAAUUUGCUUGUAUACACUGAAAUUGCUAUGAAAACAAAACUGUUUUAUAGCCAAAGAAGUACUGCAUCUUUAAAAUAUUGCAAAACUGAGCAAACAUUUCUGGGUGUGUGUGUGUGUAUGUGUGUGUGUAUUUUUUCCUUGAACUUAAUUCAAUUUGUUUAGAAUGUUAAUCUUUUAAAUAUUUGAGAGGGAAAAACUGAAAGGUAGUUGAUUGAAUAUGUCUCUUCAAAAGGGCAAAUUACUAUUUGGGCUAUAUGGCUUCUGAAGAGUAUUACUUGCCUUGGUAGAGCUAUCAGUUGCUGGGCAAUUAACAAUAUUCUAAGGAUAUAUAGUCUUUUGCAGCAAGAUGCAGUGUGAAUAAUGACUUCAUGUAGAUUCAAACUAAAUUAUCAGAGAAUGCCACAUAAGAAGGUAGUGAAAUCAAACCAUUAGUUUACAUGUCUCUUUACUAUGCAGUUAGGACCAAGGAUAUAUCUGUCAAGUGGCCAAUUCAGCAGAUUUUAGAGAAGAGACAUGGUAAUCACCAUCUAAACAUUGGUUAUAUUUUAUACUCUUUCCACUGUGUUUGGAAUAUUGAUAAUUCCAAAUGUUACUGAUAUAAAACUUUUAAAAUUCUUAUACCAAAUUUUGGGUUGGGAUUUGAUAUAUAUAGGAAGAGGUUUCCAGUGGGAGAGGCAGGGAGAAUAUAGUUAAGUGCACUGUCAAAAUUGAUGUUCUCUGUCCAUGGCAAAGUAUGGAAUAAUUAUGUUUACAGCUUUUCAGUCUAGUAUACAUCACAACAUUAUUGUGCAGCUUACUGAAUGAAAAAUUAAAGCCACUGCAAGUGCAUGUCUGUGAGUCAUUCAAACCAGAUAGGUAGGAAUAUAUACCAUUUUAUCUUAAAGAGAGGAGAAGAUAGAGUAAAAGAAAGGAAGAUUAAGAAGAUAGCUAAUGAAUCUUCAAUAGUAUUGAUUCUUUAUGAAUUGUUUUCAUAUUUGUUCUUCACCAUCCCAUUGGUUGACAUAGACAAUCAUUACCUUUUGAUACUUAAACAUGUGAUUAUGGAAAGGUAUUUAUUUAAUAUACAUAUAUAUAUGUAUAUAAUUUAUAAUUGUCAGAUCACAAAGCUUUGAUAUUUUUUAAUAGAAAUGUUCUAUAUGAAAGUUUGUUCUCAGGGCUUCAUAUUUAUAUUAACUUUGUAGAGGAUGCAAUACAAUUUGAAAAGCCAGUAAUCAUUUUACUACUGAAACAUUGGUUACUUGGUAUUAAUUUAUGAGACAACCUCCAUAGAGGUAACUCCAGUGAGAGUUCCUUUCUUGUUGAUUGCUAUCUUCUGAGGAAAGGGUCCACAGAAUUUGAUGUAAAAACUAUGAAUGUGAGCAAAAAUAAGAUAACUUGUGACAUGGGUCUAAAUUUUAGAAUUUAUAUGUACAUUGAGAGAAAUGUUUGUAGUCUUGAUAAAGUCUGUACACUAUUAGAUGUGAUCUUAGAUGCCUGAGUUGGGGAGUAUCUAGUAGUACAGUACACUGUAACCACCAAAUUAAGGUACUAAAAACCACCAUAGCAAUGCAUUAUUCUCAUGUCCCACCUCAAAAGAAGACAGCAAGAAGUGUGUUUAAGGUUUUAUGGUUUUUUUCAGUUAUUUUAUCACACAAUUCUAGUUGUGAUGUCUUGAAAUUAUUACUGGAGCAGUUAGAGAAGGACGUGCAAAACAUGGCACCACCCCAGUCCCAUGCCCAUGUCUAGUGCCCCUUGCUUUGUAGUAGUCUUUCGGAUUAAAAUUUCUUUUCACUGACUUCCAAAGUUAAAUGUGAAAAGAUAAUUCCUUAUCUUCUAAAGAAUUGAUUCAGUUGCCUAAAAGAGUUUGGGCCAUUUUAACUCUUUAAAAAUAGACCUUUGGAAGAUUAUUGAUGGGAUUAAAGACCCAGAUAUCCUCUCUAACUGAACCAUAGUCUUCUAAUAGUGAAUUUUACUGGAAUAGCUAUUCUGCUCCAGUGACUCUUGGUUCUAGUAUUCUUGAGUGCUUACAAGAUUGUUAAAACUCUUAUCAGUCUGAAAUUUAAUUUCCCUCUCCCACCCCCAAUUUUUUUUAAUACAAUCAAGGGUGUGCUUGCUACAUAAAAUGGUAAUAGAGUUGCUAUCUAUGAGGAUUUUUCAUCAGAGACUACUAAUUUACUUUGAAAAUGCAGAUUAUACAGUGUGUGUUUCCUUUGCCAAAACUUGUUCUAAUAGUAUCCCAGUCUUAACUAAUAACAAAAAGUUAUAGGUAAUAUUACAUUUACCUCUUUAAUAGUUACCUAACUCCAAAGUCUAAGCACUUAGAAACCAAUGCCUGGCUGAACCUGAAGGAAGAACUUCUGAUAAAUGUAAAUGCAUUAAAUUCCACUUGAAUUUGGUUAUUGUUUUUGUACCAUUGUGGUGUUUGGAAGUUUGGGGGAGAACAAUGUUUAAACAUCUACCAAAUGAAAUGUUAACAGAUGCUGGUGAUGCCUGUAUAUUAUUUUUUUUAAAUGACUGAAUAUUUUGCUGGUUUAAUAAAAUAUAUCAGAAUGUGAUUUGCAGUGACUACAA